ACUUCUUAAAGUACUUGAAUUCAGUUUUCCGAUUUUAGGGUAUGUUUGAGGUAUUGCUGAUUUAUAUAAACGAUACGGCUGAGUUAUCUAAACGAUACGGUUGAGAUAUCUAAACAUUUUUUGAUUUUAGGGUAUGUUUGAGGUAUGGCUGAGUUAUGUAAACGACACGACUGAGAUAUAUAAACGACACGGCUGAGUAGUGUAAACAUAACAUAAAUCAAACACACAAUACAUGGGUGAGUUAUGUUUUUUACAUAGAAAACCAAAAAUACAUGUUUUCUGCACCAUUCCGGUAUUCGUCCAUGUAUCCAAGCUUCAAUGAACUCCUCUAUGUCGUCUCUGCUGAAUCCGUCACUUCUUUUCAUCUCUUUCAUUUUCUUUUUGUUCAAUUUUCUUUUUCACUCAGAUCUGAAAAAAAUUAGAUUAUCCAAAUAUGGGUAUGAAAUCACAAACAAACUUAAUUAAAUACAUCCCACAAUUGUCGAUCUGGGUAUUUUGGAAUGUAUUUGUCUUUUCUCCUCGGAAUGCACACUUCUUAUAGCUAGGUUUUCGGAGAUUGGGGGAAAGUAACUCAGCCACAACUGCAUAUAUAAACUAAACUGCAUAUAUAAACCAGCCGUAAAAGAAAAGUAACUCAGCCACAACACAAAUUAAAACUCAGCCACAAACUCGAAAAACACAGCAGAGAAGAUGAUUUCAUUUCAGACGAUUACAGCGAAAAAAUAUUUCGUAAAAACGAUUGGAGACGACGAUUUCAGGGAAGACGAUAUCGAAGAAGACAAGACAGAAAGUUAGUUCGAGGAAGACGAAGUAAACACAAUGUCGAUGACGAUUUCAGGGAAGAGGCGGUUAGGGUUCCUUUAGUUCUUCGACGAAGUUGUGCAGUGUUGUUGUGUUUUUUUUUCAACAUUAUGUAAUUAAAGAGAUGAUUGAUUGUUCUCUGUUACUGAUGUGGAUAUUUAAUUAGUGAUGUGAAUUUAAUGUUUAAAAAUAAUUUCAAUUAAAAAAAAACUAACCAAAUGCCUUUAUUGUCAUUUACUAGGGGUAUCUAAACACUCUAAUAAUUUUUAAAAGAUGUAUAACACUCUAGUAAUAAACCAACUUUUCUUAUACAUUCUAGUAAUUUUUUUUUUUUUAAAACUAGCGCUGUAUGCAUUCUAACAUAAAUAACUGGACUGUAGAAGUGAGGAACUGUCUAUCAAUAAAUUGUCAUUUAAACAUUUACUUCCUUCUAUUUAUGAAAAUGAUUUAUAUUUUUGUCGAUCCAGGUUUUACAUUCACACCAUCGUCACACGAGCGAGCUACAUACGUGUGUCUCUGUGUGCUUUAAAAUGAUUUCUAUUAAACCGGGAAUAUUCAAAAUGUAGUACGUCAUUACAUGAUCACUUAACUAAUACAUUAACCAACUUCGUCUCUUGAUCUCUACUACUAACCAAUUAACCAACCAAAACAAACUUUCAAAUCUUCUCCUCUCCUCUCGCUUCAUCUCCCUCCGUUUCCGUCUUGUCUUUCGAAUCUGAACAUCUCUGGAAAUAAUCUAAAAGAAAAUGGGUGAGAACGCCAUCUCAGGUGAUCUCAAGAAUAUAGCGAUCGACACAGGACGUUCAGAGACUCUCGUGGUCUGUUUCGGCGAAAUGCUGAUCGAUUUCGUGCCAACGGUGGGAGGUGUAUCGCUGGCGGAAGCACCAGCUUUCAAGAAAGCACCAGGAGGUGCACCUGCUAAUGUAGCCGUUGGUGUCUCUAGACUCGGUGGCUCCUCUGCUUUCGUUGGAAAGGUAGGUGAUGAUGAGUUUGGACGAAUGUUAGCUGAGAUUCUAAGGCUGAACAAUGUGGAUAGCUCCGGGAUGAGAUUCGACCACGAAGCACGCACCGCUCUCACCUUUGUUACGUUGAGAGGUGACGGAGAGAGGGAGUUUCUGUUCUUCAGACACCCUAGUGCCGACAUGCGUCUCUUGGAGUCUGAGCUUGACAAGAAUCUAAUCCAAAAGGCCAAGAUUUUUCAUUACGGAUCUAUCAGUUUGAUCGAGGAGCCUUGCCGGUCGACUCAGCUCGCUGCUAUGAAAAUCGCUAAAGCCUCAGGGAGUCUCUUGUCGUAUGACCCGAAUUUGAGAUUAGCGUUGUGGCCAUCAGAGGAAGCUGCGAGGAAAGAGAUCAUGAGUAUAUGGAAUUUAGCAGAUGUUAUAAAGAUUAGUGAGGAGGAGAUAACGUUCCUGACUGGUGGAGAUGAUCCUUAUGAUGAUGAAGUUGUGUUGCAAAAGCUGUUUCAUCCAAAUCUUAAGCUUCUUGUUGUUUCAGAAGGACCUAAUGGCUGUAGAUACUUCACUCAGGAGUUUAAAGGUAAAGUUGGUGGAGUGAAAGUGAAAGCGGUUGAUACAACCGGUGCAGGAGAUGCAUUUGUGAGCGGUCUAUUGAACAGCUUAGCUUCUGAUCUCACCAUUCUCAAUGAUGAGAAGAAGCUAAGAGAGGCGCUUCUAUUCGCAAACGCUUGUGGAGCUAUUACUGCAACAGAGAGAGGAGCCAUUCCAGCUAUGCCCACCAUGAAUGCUGUUCAAGACCUUCUCUCUUCUUCUCGCUCCUAAAAAUGCUCAAAAAGUCUUUUUUUUUUCGAAUGACUCAAUUCAUUACUUUUUCACUGUACUUUUGUUCCUAAUUUGGAGGAACGCAAGAAUGUUGAGUUAGAUUCUUCUACAAGGAACAAAAUUUCUGCUCUAUGAAAUGUGUGCCGUUGUUUGUGGCGGAGAACGACAAGCACUCUAUUUGAUGAAAAUGCCGAAGCGAACUAUUAGUGAAAUAUUAUGAACGUGAGUAGCACGUGACAACUCCGUAAAUAAAAUAUAAUAAAGUCAAACUUGGUAAUAAGGCUGGGGGUAUAACCGACAUACUACAAAUAUAACGGCGUUAAGAGUCGGAACGUCGAGUCUUGCGUGAGAACUUAACGAACUUUUUUUUUUUUAAUGUUUGGCCGUCAAAAUCAGGGACGAUAGAUAGUUCUCACUUCUCACGUUCUCUCCAUCUUCACUCUCUCCUCUGAGAUCCAGACUCUUAUUAUUGGGGAAGAAGUUUGAUUUUUGAUCGGAAGAAGAAGAAGUCGAGGCAUUAUUCGAGCGGUGGUUGAAGAGGAGAUGAUGGCGUCGGAUCCAAAACUGAAGGCAGAGAUAGGUCCCGACGGAUUAGCAAGAGAAGCUCCUGUUAUUGCUUACACUGAGAAGAUAAUCGAGGAAGAACAACUUCAGUUGAGGAAAGAGAGAGAGAGCUUCGUUUGUGAGUCAGAUACAUUGAGGAGAACUAUUCAAAGAUAAGGGAUGUCGAAAGGGAAUUUGGAAACCUCACCUUGGAGAUGAAACUCACUGCUGGUCCUAAGAAAGUUGCGCUGGAACACUUGAGAAAGAAGAUUGAAGCCUGUACUGAAAAGAUCCAUGCUGCUAAGUUGAAAGAAGAUGAAGCCCGCAAGGCAUAUGAAGCAGCAUCAAAAGUUGUCAAAGAUGAAGAAGCAAUAAAGCAGAGCCUUUGCGAUGAUUUAAACAGUCUGGUACAAGAAAGCAGCAAUACUCAGUACGCCAGACUUGAGGAACUGAAAAGAAGACUAGAAGCGCUAAAUCCAAAUAGAUCAUCAUCUACUUCUAUUCAGCAAGUCCAUGAACCGGAGACUAAAUCUGUAGCCGACAGCUUACCAGCAGCAGCCAGUGCUAAUCAGACUCACCCGGAAAACCCAGUUAAUGACAACUGGAAGGAAGAGGGAGGUAAAGAACAAGGACAGAGGCCAGAUGGAGAAUCAAAAACGAGGAA